AUGUUCGUCGAUGUAUCCGUGGACGCCAAUCCAAAGGAAUGCGACAAGACAGCAGGGACCAAGGGCAAGCGUCGAGGACCUUUUCAAAGUGCCGAGCAGAGGGAACUGACUGCCCUUACCCGCAAAAUGGGAGCCUGUAUCCGCUGCAGCAUUCACAGAAUCAGAUGCGAGCUGGAUGAGCAAAACCCAACGGGAUGCUGUAGGGCCUGUCGCCAAGCGAUUCAAGGGAGACCCCUUUGGAUCCCGUGUCUACGUUACAAGAUCACGGAUUCGGAGCUCUUGGACAACGCAGAGCGUCCUCGACCAACGUGGACCUCACGUUGGAAGAGAAUGGAAAUGAUCGACAUCACGAACUGGGCUUCCGAUGAAAUCAAGACCAUCAAAGUAACGCAAGGGGUGGGAAACACGUGGUAUGCUCUGAAAGUGCGCCAGUUUGUGCCUGUAGAAGGCGACGCCCUUGCUCGAAGAUGGGUAGCCGAUGGGCAGAAGCAAGAAUUCAUGUGUACGCCGUAUGCGGUGGCAGAUAUGAGGGAGGCUGGAAGAGUUCUGUCCGCGUUCAGUGAAAGUACACUCAAAGAUGCGCUCAAGUUCUGGCUGGCAAAUGGAGACACAUUGUUGGCGAAGACAUACCUGAUGGCAUAUCGGUAUUCUUUCACCGCAGAGAACGAGGACGACCGACUGCUGUUGAAAAGCACCAUGAGGCUUUGGGGUGCAUCACGGAUGAUGUCUCGAUCAGCAUGGAUCUGCGGUGAAGAGACCCUUGGAAUGACCACCCGCGAUUACGGACCAAACUCUCCCAGCACCAACAGGAUCCUAAUGCCUCCUGUGUUCUCCGCUCAAAUGGAGAUUAUCUUCGUUGCCAUGAUCCUCGAGCCAACCAAGAAGGAAGUGCUCUCCCGGCUCAAAGCUCUCAUACAGGACAACACCCGCAACCGCAGGUCAUGGCUGGCUAUUUACCUAUGCGUCUUCUUGCUACUGCACAGCUGUGCGCUUUUAACUGCACGAGACAAUGAGCGUGCCAGGCUUCAGGGAGUCUCUGAGCGCUUCUAUCGCCCUCGAGUUAUUGAGGAGCUUCACAAUGGAGCUAAAAUUCUGCUGGCGUACUUCCACUUCUGCAACCGGGGAAGCUACCCGCUUUAUAUGGACUGGACGUCAGAAGAUCAGAUGUUUCUGGCUGGGCUGAAGAAAGAGCAAGCAGAGUUCCUUCAGUUUACCGUUCAGGAGUACAAAAAGAAGGCUCCACAUUUCGAGAGAAUUCUCGAGAACAAUGUCUACGAAGAUCCAUACUACUUCAUUGCACAGAUGUAUGAACGCGAUUGGAAGCCCAGACACACCAAACAUACUCUGUGA